AUGGGUACCAGUAAAAGCAAGAGGAGGAAGAAGCAACAGCAGCAGCGCCAACAGCAGCAGCUGCAGCAACAGCAACAGCAACAGACACCACCACAGGAUAUGGCAACACCGUCGGCAACAAAUACACCACCGGUGCUACCACCACCACCACCGGCAACACCACCAGGUAGCACUGAACCACCGCCAUCCACUCCUGUCAAGUCACCAGUCUCAGUCCACCGGCUACCUGUGGUUCCCCCACCAUCUUACCAACUCAGUGGAUCAUCUGUUGCAUCCUCCAACCUUGCCAAGCAUGAUACCACCAUGAUUAGCCAACAGCUAGCACAACUGGUGGAGGCAUUGCACCAACAAAAGGAGGAGACCAUGGAGCGCCAGGCUGCUUUUGAGGCCAGGCUAUCCCAACAACAACAGGACAUCAACCAGUCUAGUGUCUCCAUCCAUGGGUUGGUCCAUACCUUGAUGGACCAAACCAACAAGCAACUUGGCCUCAUGGGUAUUGGAGGGAUCAGCCCUAUUCCUUCCAAUGCAUCCUCUUCAUUGGAUCACCAUCCUAAUGGUUUACUGCCCAUGCGACAAGGUGUGGAAGGAACCACUGGUUCUAUAGCACAGUCUCAAGGCAGUUCAGAACCAAUUGGUUUGGGUUCAGGAUUGAUGAGUGAUGUUGAGGACCAUCUUGGUCCAUCCCCUCAGCCCCAAGUGGAUAUGGAUGGUGCCAUCCCACCUUGUGGAGAUGAAGUCAUUGACCAUUUGAGGGCCCUCAAGGAGGAGGAUAAGACUACAAAGACUACUUACACCCCUGUACCACCGGUGUCAUCCAACCACGCAGCAGCUCAACCUGCUCAACCUGUUAGCAGUACAGCCAUCUUCCAAUACCCCAAACGGUACCACAGAUCUGGAGACGACAACCGGUUCUACAGACAGCCAGAUCUCAUCUUUCCAGAGGCAUUGCCCCACAGGCAGGAAACACACUACUCAGGAAGGUGGAUCAUCAACCCUGACAUGCGGAAGGUAUGGGUCCGCUAUGAUAGGGCACUGAGUGCCGACGAACUCCCUGCCAAUGUGCCAACCAACCCUGCACAUUGGGUCAACAGAAGGUAUCCUGACGGUUUAUUCUUCACUGACCAAGGAGAGUGGAUCAUCUCUGAUGUCAGGGAUAGGUUCUUCAACCAUGAUCAGCCACCCACCCACACACCAGUCACCACAGGCCUCACUCCCACCACAGCCUAUACCUCACCUGGAUACCAGACCGUGCCCAUGGAGGAGCCAUCCAAGCAGGUAGACAGCGAUAUUGUAAGGCCCAGGUCCAAACCAUCUCUCUUCUCCAAUCUAGAAGGGACAUCUCCUAUGGACAAGGUAACUCAAGGCAGGAUUCCAGACAGAUUUGGUGAUCCUGGAGACCCUGGUGGUUCCGGGUACCAUGGUGGUGGUGGCAACCACAGAGGCUUUAGCAGAAAGGGCAGGUAUGGUGGUUCCCCAGGAGGAGGACCCCCCGGAGACCCUUGGGAUCCCGAUGGCGGUGGUGACCCUCCAGCUGGCCCGGAGGAGUGGAGGAGGAGACGGUCCAGACGCAAGUUGUUCCAUGCUAAACCGAUGCCAAUGCUACCCCACCCUCAAGUCCAACAAGGACUUCGACCAAUGGUACAGCGUGUUUAUAACAACGGCUAG